AUGCCUACUCGCGUCUCGACGAGAUCGGGACGGGCGUCCACGGCGCUUUCGGAGAAGUCAUCAGCCGCGACACUCAAGGGUAGAGCCUCCGUCGCGUCCCGAGCUUCGGCGUCAAGCCUAGAUAUUCCUGAAGAAACAGAGGACAACGUACUGCGAUCACAGGUCGCAUCGGUAUUUCGAGAUGCGCAACGAAAUACUGCCACCCACCGAAAGCUGGCGGUUACUCUACGCAAACUCCAGGAGGCCUGCUGCUACGAACCGACCAGCGCCAAGUCAAACCCAGCUACCGAUUUCGAUGAAAAGGACUUCAAUCGCGAGUUCAUCCGAUCCGUUCUACGAAUCAUGCCUGUCAAGAAGAGCGAGACGGUGGGGGAGAAGACCAUCAGAUUCAUCGGGCUGUUCCUGCGCCAUUCAGGCGACAAAGAUAACGAGCUGCUGGGUGAGGUUGACGAGGAUGCUAGCACCAUGCCGGAGACUCCCACCACCAGACUUGUGGCUCAUUUGAUGAACUCGGUCCUACCUCUUCUCACAGCCAAGGACAAGUUUGUACGCUAUCGAUCAACUCAGCUCAUUUCUCAUAUUAUCAACUCUCUCGACGCGAUCGACGAUGAUCUGUUCCAAAAGUUACGUCACGGACUACUGAAGAGAAUACGUGAUAAGGAAGCUAUGGUACGAGCUCAGGCUGUGCUCGGCCUUGGCCGGCUGGCAGGUAACCAGGUGGAGGCAGAAGCCAACUCCGAUGACUCUGAUGACGACUCCGCGACCGGACUGCUCGAGAAGCUCCUCGAAGUCCUCCAAAAUGAUCCCAGUGCGGACGUUAGAAGGUCUCUCUUGGUCAACCUACCAAUCUUGCCGAACACCUUGCCUUUCUUGCUAGAAAGAGCUCGAGACCAGGAUGCCAUGACACGCCGCGCUGUCUAUUCUCGCUUGCUUCCGGCUCUUGGAGAUUUCAGGCACCUUUCUCUCUCUAUGAGAGAGAAACUUCUCCGAUGGGGUCUCCGAGAUCGAGAUGAAACCGUUCGAAAGGCGGCUGGCAGACUUUUCCGUGAGCGAUGGAUUGAGGACUGUGCAGGCGCACCUCCGAUGGUUGACGGCCAGCCGGCUGAAGCGGCUCCACCGAACUUUGACGGUCUCUUGGAGCUCCUUGAGCGUAUCGAUGUUGUCAACUCUGGUGUAGAGAAUGGAGUUGCUCUCGAGGCCAUGAAGGGAUUUUGGGAAGGUCGUCCUGACUAUCGUGAAGCAGUCACAUUUGAUGACAACUUCUGGGAAACCCUUAGUGCUGAGUCUGUCUUCAUGGCGCGAAGCUUCAAUGAUUUCUGCAGAAAUGAAGGAAACGGCAAAUAUGAGUCUCUUGUCGAGGAGAAGCUGCCCGAGGUCACCAAACUUGCUUUCUUCCUUGAGAGAUAUGUCAAGGUUCUUAGCGAUGCGCUGAAGCAGACUUCGCAGCAAGACGUUGAUGAGGAGGAAGAAGAAGAAGACACAGUUGAGCAAGAGUUUAUCGUCGAGCAGCUUCUGCAUAUCGCCCUGACGUUGGACUACUCGGAUGAAGUCGGCCGUAGGAAAAUGUUCUCUUUGCUUCGACAAACGUUGUCUAUUCCCGAACUCCCGGAUGAGGUCACGAAGCUCACCAUUGAUGUCCUCCGUGAUAUCUGCGCCCCAGAUGCUGCGGGUGAGCGUGAGUUUUGCAGUGUUGUUCUCGAAGCUGUCGCAGAUGUCCACGAUACUAUCGUAGAUGAUCUUGUGGAUGAAAGCUUCCACUCUGCUAAGUCAGAAGUCAGCAACGACAGCACGCCGACUAAGGGUGGCAAGCAACGCAGCAAGGACAGCGAACUAAGCGAGGAGGAGGCGCGGGCGAAGGCGAUCAAGGAGAUUGUUAUUAACAUGAAGUGCCUCCAUAUCGUCCAGUGCAUGCUCUCUAACGUGGCUGGAAGCUUGCAGGAGAACGACCAUCUUGUUUCCAUGUUGAACAAUUUGGUUGUUCCUGCUGUUCGCAGCCACGAGGCCCCAGUUCGUGAGCGAGGCUUGCUGUGUCUUGGCCUCUGCUCUCUGCUCGACCGAUCUCUGGCGGAGGAGAAUCUCACGCUAUUUAUGCACUUCUUCAGCAAGGGCCACACUGCCCUCCAGAUCACAGCGCUUCAGAUUCUUACAGAUAUUCUCAAUGUUCAUGGUGCCCAGCUUCUAUCCAACAACCCAGCAUUGCUGAAGGUGUACAUCAAGGCUCUCAGAUCAGGAGCCAAGUCGCCAGAAGUACAAGCUGCUGCCACUGUUGCCGCUUCCAAACUAUUGCUAGGACGUGUUGUCACAGAGCAUGAGACCUCCGCUGAGCUGCUGAAGACACUUGUCAUCGCAUAUUUUGAACCGGCGAGCUCCAGCAACCAAAGUGUUAGGCAGGCACUGAACUACUUCUUGCCCGUAUUCUGUUACUCGCGCCCAGAGAACCAAGAACUCAUGCGCUCUGUGGCUCUUGAUGCUCUGCAUGCCCUCUACAAUGUACGAGAAGGCUUUGAAGACGACGAUGCCGAUGUCGGUGACGAAAUGGUUAGCCUGUCUACCAUUGGUGCCUGUCUGGUGGACUGGACAGAUCCUCGGAAAUGUUUCUCCCCAAGCAGCGGCUUGGAUUCCGAGAAGAAGUACGUGAAUGGAGAUAUUCAUCUUGACUUUGCGAAGGAGAUUUUAGAAAGGCUUAACGGUGCCUUCAGCAAGGAAGAGAAAAAGGUCAUCGCGCCACUACUAGGCAAACUUUACGUCUCGCCCGCUUCUUCCGAAGAGAAGCUCCGGGAUAUCUAUGCUGAGGUGUCCGAAGCUGUUGACAACCAGCUUCUCUCAGACGCAACUGGCAGAAACGCGCUUUACAAAAUCCAUGUCAGCUUGGGCAAGAUAGUGAAUAGUCUGGAUCAGCAAGAAAAUGGUGGUCGCAGAACUACUAGCAGAAGCGUCUCCGUUGACCCAGAGGAGAAAACAAUCGUGCAGGAUCGCACUGUAAUGCUGGAAGCUGAUAUCAAGGAAGAAGACGAGGAUGAAGCGGGCGACGUUACAGCGGUUCCUGUCAAGGACGAUGAUGACUCUCUGGUUGAAGAGCUGUUGACGGAUGGAGAAUUGUAA